AUGAUUCAGAGCACUAUUAACUCCAUUCAAAAUAAAAGAAGAACAACGGCCAGAUAAUGCUCAGCAAUGCUAAGUUCAAAUUUCUUCAACGAAUAGAAUGAAAACUCGUCACAGGAUAGCAAUGAUUCUACUACUGAUAGCUAGUUCAAUAUUAAUGAUCCAAUAGUAAAGGCACUGGUAUCACGUGACUUUCCUAUGACUGUAAAGGAAAAUGCUGCUAUUCAAGAGUUAUAUCAAUCAAUCAAUAAGUUAUUCUCAAUUAAAAAAUGCUUGAUAGGACUUGGAAGGCAUUUAUCCAGUAGCUAAGGUGAUAAAAUAGUCAGUUAUUAUCCUUUAAUUGAGUAUGAAGUGAUUCAGAGAGAAAGAAUCAAAGAAGAGGCUGUAAUAAUAGCUAUAGAUGAUAGCUAAGACGAUGAAUAGGAAAAUAUCAAUCUAAAUAGUAACAUGCAAAACUCUGAUUAAAAAAUGAUUCAAUCUGAGAACGAAGUAUAAAAUUAAAAUGACUAGUAACAAAAUAUACAGCAGAUUAUAGUUAAAAAAAUAAGAAUUUUGGCUGACAAUAUAGAUAAAAAGAGCAAGAAGACCAGUAAGUAGUAGAAUAGUUUUACAGCCAAAUACUAGCAGACAUCCCUUUUGAAAUCAUCAUUUGUUAAACUUAAGCAAACAAACUUAAAUGAUGUUGCAUCUUGCGUUCAAUCACCAUCUUGCUCUUAGAGCAAGUUAGAGGAUUAGGAAUUUAAGCCUAUUAAAGAGAUAGAUCCUCUUGAUGAAUUCUAUCAUACACCAUAGAAAAUCUAAACAUCAGGAAAAAAUACCAGAUCAAAGUCACCUUCUCGUGCUGUUGCUGAAGGACUCAAUACAGCAAUCAAUGCUGCCAUAAAUGAAAAUGAAUUAAUCAGUGAACGAAUACUAUUAAAGCAUGAAAAAUAGAUCCUAAAUGUCAACUCUAAGACUUAGAAAGAUUGGUAGAUAUGUAAGAAAUCAGGUUUUAGCAAUAGCACCAUGAAUGGGACAACAGAUCCAAAUAUAGGGAUACAAGACGAGGAUUCCAUGAUGGAGGUCAGCUUUGUCUGA